AUAAUUCAUUCUUCUAAGAACCCAGAACAAAACCCUCUUCUCUUCUGCCAUCAAAUGGCGACAACAUUAUUGAAGAACAGAACAAACUUCCUGAACUCAAACUAGAUGCAAAGCAAGCUCGAGGGUUUCUUUCAUUCUACAAAACCCUACCAAAUGACCCGAGGGCUGUUCGGUUCUUUGAUCGUCGGGACUACUAUACUGCUCAUGGUGAAAAUGCAACUUUUGUUGCAAAGACAUACUACCGUACUACUACUGCUAUGCGACAAUUGGGCAGUGGAUCUGAUGCUCUUUCCAGUAUAAGUGUUAUUAAGAACAUGUUUGAAACAAUUGCUCGUGAUGUUCUUCUGGAGAGAACAGACCACACUCUUGAGCUGUAUGAGGGUAGUGGCUCAAAUUGGAAACUGGUGAAAAGUGGAACUCCUGGUAAUCUAGGAAGUUUUGAAGAUGUUCUGUUUGCUAACAAUGAGAUGCAGGAUUCCCCUGUCGUAGUUGCACUAUGUCCAAACUUCCGUGAAAAUGGAUGCACUGUUGGGUUGGGUUAUAUUGAUUUAACUAAGAGAGUACUUGGAGUGGCUGAAUUUCUUGAUGAUAGCCACUUUACAAAUUUGGAAUCAUCUUUGGUUGCUCUUGGUUGUAAGGAAUGCCUUUUGCCUAUAGAGUCUGGAAAGUCUAGUGAGUGUAGACCUCUGAUUGAUGCUUUGACCAGAUGCGGUGUGAUGUUAACUGAGAGAAAGAAAAAUGAGUUUAAAACAAGGGAUUUAGUGCAGGAUCUUGGUAGGCUGGUUAAAGGUUCCAUUGAACCAGUUCGAGAUUUGAUUUCUUGUUUUGAAUUUGCUCCUGGUUCUUUAGGGGCGUUAUUGUCUUACGCUGAGUUACUUGCAGAUGAGAGCAAUUAUGGAAGUUAUUCAAUUCGAAAGUACAAUCUAGAAAGCUACAUGAGGUUGGAUUCUGCUGCUAUGAGGGCACUAAAUGUCAUGGAAAGCAAAACUGAUGCAAACAAGAAUUUCAGUUUGUUUGGUCUCCUGAAUAGAACCUGUACUGCUGGGAUGGGAAAGCGAUUACUUCAUAUGUGGUUAAAGCAGCCUUUAUUAGAUGUGAAUGAAAUAAAUGCCAGGCUGGACCUGGUACAAGCAUUUGUUGAAGAUACUGCACUUCGCCAAGAUCUGAGGCAGCAUCUGAAAAGAAUCUCUGAUAUAGAACGACUGAUGCAUAACCUUGGGAGGAGAAGAGCUGGUCUGCAGCAUAUAGUAAAACUUUAUCAGUCAAGUAUCCGACUUCCAUACAUUAGAAAUGCCCUGCAACAGUAUGAUGGACAGUUUUCAUUGUUGAUCAAGGAAAGGUAUUUAGAUCCGCUGGAGGUUUUAACUGAUGAUGAUCAUUUGAAUAAGUUCAUUGGUCUGGUAGAAGCUUCUGUUGACCUUGAUCAACUUGAAAAUGGAGAAUACAUGAUCUCAUCAAGUUAUGAUCCUGCUUUAUCAGCGCUAAAAGAUGAGCAGGAGUCUCUGGAUUGCCAAAUACACAGUUUGCAUAAACAAACAGCUUAUGACCUUGAUUUGCCUCUAGAUAAGGCCUUGAAGUUAGAUAAAGGCACACAGUUUGGACAUGUCUUCAGAAUUACAAAGAAGGAAGAACCAAAAAUAAGGAAAAAGCUCAGUACUCAAUUUAUUGUCCUCGAAACACGGAAAGAUGGAGUGAAAUUCACUAAUACAAAGCUUAAAAAAUUAGGGGACCAGUACCAAAAAGUUCUUGACGAGUACAAGAAUUGUCAAAAAGAGCUUGUUAACCGAGUUGUUCAAACUGCAGCAAGUUUCUCUGAGGUAUUCGAGUCUUUGGCUGGCUUGCUUUCGGAAUUGGACGUCUUGCUCAGUUUUGCUGAUUUAGCUUCCAGUUGUCCAACUCCAUACACAAGACCAGACAUCAAUCCACCCGAUGUGGGAGAUAUUAUAUUAGAAGGGAGUAGACACCCUUGUGUCGAAGCACAAGAUUGGGUGAAUUUUAUACCAAAUGAUUGUAAACUUAUCAGAGGAAAGAGUUGGUUUCAGAUCAUCACUGGACCUAACAUGGGUGGAAAGUCCACAUUUAUUCGGCAGAUUGGUGUAAAUGUUUUGAUGGCACAAGUUGGUUCUUUUGUUCCUUGUGACAAAGCUAGCAUUUCUGUACGUGAUUGCAUUUUUGCUCGUGUUGGUGCUGGUGACUGCCAACUACGUGGAGUUUCUACCUUUAUGCAAGAAAUGCUUGAAACUGCAUCAAUAUUGAAGGGAGCUACCGAUAAGUCAUUGAUAAUCAUUGAUGAAUUGGGACGUGGGACAUCAACUUAUGAUGGAUUUGGUUUAGCGUGGGCUAUAUGUGAGCACCUGGUUGAAGUGAUUAGAGCACCGACUUUGUUUGCAACCCACUUCCAUGAAUUGACUGCAUUAGCUGAUGAAAAUGCCAAUCAUGAACUCCAUACAAAGCAAAUUGGUGGUGUGGCCAACUAUCAUGUCAGUGCACAUAUUGACUUGUCAAGUCGCAAGUUGACUAUGUUGUACAAGGUUGAACCAGGGGCUUGUGAUCAAAGUUUUGGUAUUCAUGUUGCAGAAUUUGCAAAUUUUCCUGAAAGUGUUGUUGCCCUUGCUAGAGAAAAAGCUGCUGAAUUGGAAGAUUUCUCGCCUUCUGCAGUAACUUCAAAUGAUUCUAAAGAGGAGGUGGGAUCCAAAAGAAAGAGAGUGAGCGAUCCCAGUGACAUGUCCAAAGGUGCAGCCCGGGCUCACGAAUUUCUGAAGAAAUUCUCUGAUUUGCCAUUAGAGAAAAUGGACUUGCAGCAGGCUCUGCAACAAGUAAAAAAGAUGAAGGAUGACUUGGAGAAAGAUGCAGUAGACUGCGACUGGCUCCAGCAAUUCCUCUAGUUCUCCUUCAAACCUUAGUGUGAGAACAUAUGUAAAUCCCAUCUCUGUAUAUGAGACAUGGUUGUUGGAUUAUCGGCUAGAGGUAUCAAAUCAAACGCGCCUGAUCUCCAUUUUUGUCUAUACUACGAAGGGAAUCGGAAGUGGCAGCUGGCAACUUCAGUGGUUAUUAGCUUUCCUUUUUUAGGUCAAAUUCAAAAUGAUCAUAUAAUCGAGCGUAGCCACAUUGUUGAGAUUGAUUUCUGUGUUUCCCUUUGUCGGAGUGAGAGGUGACAAUGUAAGUAGUUCUUGUCCCUCUGUGUGUAUGAUUCCUGGCUUAUUUUAUUAUAUGCGUCCCCAUGGUUUUGCGAAAGCAUUUGUUCUACCUCUGGAUUUCUUUCUAAAUAACAUUAUUUUGUUUAAACAAUCAGUAAUCUCAAACUAAGCCUAAAUCUAGUUUAAUUGC